AUGGCGUCUCGAAGACCCCCUUGCAAUCGCUCGAAACAGCGCGCACUUUGCAGUCCCCAUCUCUAUUCAGCUCUCGUUUUGUUGCUCCUGGCAAGUAGCUCAUCAAUCUCACAAGCAGACGUGACCGCGCCGUACAUAUCAACUCCAUUAUCGUCGUCCAAUGACCCAGACUACUACUACCAAGUGGCAGUAGAGAGCUACGCCUCCCGAUUGCAGUAUCUGGCCGAGUACGAACUGGGAGACGACGGAACCUUCGAGAUCGCGCUAAGCAUCUUGCUCGCCAUCGCAGUUCCCAAAACCGACGAAGGACGUGACAUGCUCUACCUCCUCGUGUGCAAUGCAGACGCCGCCAAGACGUUCCUCGACCUGCCAGCCGCCAGCAACGACACGUCCGUCCCUUCCUACUGCGCCAUGCCCAAUCGCACUCUGGACUACUAUUGUCAGUCGGUCCCUCUUGACGACGAAUCCCCAGACGACUACGUGUACCAGUCCCUCAAGGUUGUGUCUGGAUCGAUGGCUGAAUUAUCGCCACCUCCGUACUCGUUGUUUAGUCGGGAGAACGCAGACGGAGACAGCAAAGCCUCCAAGUCCAGCAGCAGCAACGUCGUGUUCUUCCUAGAUUCCUGCGAGACGUUAGGCGGCCAGAACGGGAUCCUCCGCUCCUGUUUGAGUCGUCCUCCAAGGUCCAGAUCCAAUGGCCGUGGCUCCCAAGACGACACCUCGUGCUUCUACUGUCCACCUAACUACCCAACGUCGUACACGCGCGAGAUCUCUGCAGACGCAGAGCGUGAAGGAUGUAAAACGUCUCCGCCUUUGCCUCCAACAAUCCGUGGCACCGUCUCAAUGAAUCUCUGCACCGCGCAAGGGAACUGUCUAGGGAAAGCUACACGGUCCCGCUCCACUUUCUUCGGACUGACUGCGCUGGCGUGGGCUGUCACCUCGUUCGUCUGGAUCGUCCACAUCCGCUCAGCAGCACGAGACGCGGUGGUCGAGCUCCAGACCAAGAUGAAGCUCGUUCCCGUUACACAGACGCUCCACUCGAUCGCGUAUUUCGCAGACCUCUCCUCCGAGCACAAACUCGUGGGCACCGCUCGCAGUCUCGUUCACAAUAUCGCCAUUCUGGCGCAACUCGUAGCAUUCGCCGUCUUUGCCGAAGUCGUCGUGGUCAUCGCCAAAGGCUGGAAGAUCACACGCCCCGCUUUGCUCCCACGCGAAAUCCAAUGGAUCCGCGUCGUAACGUUGAGUUGGGCAGCGUCCUUCGCCGUGCUGAAGCACGCGGGGGACAAGCAGCUGGCUGUCGUGAUCGUCUGGGGCCUCUCGUGGGCCUGCGUGGUGUGUUCAUGAUCUGGUACAACUCGGCCUACAACCUCAACAUGCUCAAGUAUCAGCUCGCCAUGGUACGUCAGCUCGAUCUGGACCCCCAGCUGACGCCUGUGCACACCAAGUUCAUGCUGUUCCGUCGCUUCCGUGCCUUACUGGCAGCUUACAUUUUCUUGUCCUGUUUCUUGGGCGUCGUGGGGCUCGUGAAAGACGCAACGCACCAGUCGUCGGAAUGGACUUCUCUGCUGGGAGACGAGGGC